UUAUUUUUUCAAAAAUAAAUAAAUAUUUAGAGACAAGAAAAUACAUUUUUUCGCGAGGUUAUAAGACCUGCAAUAUUACGUUAUUACUUUGCAAAUAAUUAGGGAAAAUGUUAUCAGACUCAGAAGAUAUCUAUUGUGAAGACGGCACGCCUAUUCCCGAUUGUGAGGACUUCCAUCCCCGCCGUGACGACUACUGCGUCGAGGCACUCCUGCAGCACGGAAGACUUAGUCGUGUGGUGGUGAGCCGGCGUCGUGGUGAUGGUGAGCAGCUGUUCACCGUCAAAGUAGCGUCCAAAUUCUAUGGCAACAAACGCAUCGACUGCUCCAGAGAACUGGAAGCGUUGAAUUUGGUGCAGGGCUGCAACUUUCUAUUGAACCUGCGGGACUUUUUUGAGACCAACUUGUUCUACUACAUCGUUACAGACUACUACCCUGGUUUCUCCUUGCAACGCUUAGUAGAAAGCCACGCCCCUCUCUUACUACCUGAGCAUCUCGUCAAGUUCUACGCUGCAGAACUGCUGCUGGCGGUUGAUACCCUGCACAAGAAGGGCGGCAUCCAUCGGGACGUGAAGCCCAACAACGUGGUGCUGGACGAAGAGGGACACGUGGUCCUCCUCGACUACGGUAUGGUCGUCUUCCCCAAAAGGGAUGGCCACGAAAAGACCCUCAUCCGAGGGACAAGUCACUUCAUUCCCCCAGAGGUGUUCGACAGACAACCUUUUGACCAUACAGCGGACUGGUGGUCGUACGCCCUAACCUGUUAUUAUCUUGCCACCGGGAAACGCGCCUUUGCCCCGCACUCCACAGACAUCAGCGUCAUAAGUCGAGCCGUACGGACGCAGGAGCCUGAUUUACACGGCGCAUCCGGCGAUUUCCUGCAGCUACUGACGGCUCUCCUACACAAAGAUCCGCAUCAGCGUCUGGGAAGAUAUGGCGCUGAACAGAUUCAGGCUCACUCUUAUUUCGCGGACGUGGACUGGACCAAGAUGGCAGAAAAAGCUUGUACUCCGCCCCUGUCUCCGGCAGAGCACUACGGAGCUGAGUACGUCAGGCUGCCGCCCCUAGAGGACGACUGAGUGAACAAGAGUCUUAAGCACAAAAAUUAUGUCAAGAUGGUUUAUGACCAAUAUUAGGACCAAAAUGUUAGGGACAAAAUUUUGGAAAAACGAAGUAAAGGACAACAAUUUUAAGGACAGAAAAUUCAGUGACAAAAUACUUUAGGGACGAAAUUUUGCCGAUAAAACUUAGAGAUAAAAGUUGGGACAAAACUUAGAAAAAAAAAGCAGUAUGGACACAAAACUUCGAUGAUAGAAAUUAGGCUGCACUCGUUUGUUGAUAGAAGAGCUGCUUAACUUAUAUUGUCAGGUUAUUCCAUGUAAAUAUUAAAAUAUAUAAUAUAAAACUUUAGAGCGAUACAUCUUCAGAAUGUGUGUCGUAUAGUGUUUAUAGGGCAUUCCUUAUUGAUAAUAAAUAACGGCGAAGUCAAGGCUAAAUCAAACACCCAUCCAGAAGCUUAGAAAAAUCUCUCACGGUCAACAGAUUCAUAGCUAAUUCUUGCUAAUAUUGUUUAUGAUUUCGGACAUUAUUUCUCUGUGAUGCCUGGGUGCUGGAAAUUAUUUAAUGUAAUUUAUUUAACAUUACUUGAAUAGACUCAACCUCUAUCAAUGAUUUCUUUCGCUUGUGAUCAGUUCAUUGGCUCUAUUCUAAAAUAUUGUAUCACCUCGAGAUUUUAGAUUAUUCAAUCUUUUUAAUUUAGUUUUUUAUACAGUUGGAAUAUGCGGUUAAAACCAAUAAUAAUUCGCAUAGCUUUUCGCACUUAGAAUUGAUGCAUUUGAGGUUGGCCAUUAGAAUACAUAAGAAUAUUCUAUGACUUCCCUAACAUUUCAUAGCCAAAUAGCAAAAUUUUCUGAACUAUAUCGAGACCGACUGAGAGUUUUUGUGUUAAUGAUAAGGACUAAUCGUCCAAACGCUUAAUAAGUUAGUCAUUUCUGUGCAAGUCAAAGAAGUCCAUAUAGAGUCAUGAUGACGGCAUGCACUAAGAAAAAUGAAGGACUCAUUUUCUCCAAAUAGUGACACACUUUCUAUACUCAGCACUGAUGAUGCCACUCUGCAGGGCAAAAGUGAGUUACAAUGGCCCGAACAAAGGCAAGCAGUGCUUCGCUAAUAGGACAAAGUCGUUCUAUUUUUUUUAAGUGCAUGCAUGUUAAUCAACGAUUGCUCAUCUCGAUGAAUGUAAGACGCCAGUCUUUUCGCAUGUAAGUUGAGUAUUUGUAGACUUAAUAAUUGAUAGUUUGUAACGGUUAUAGACUUAUUGUCGUUGCCGGCGAUAGGAUUCUCUGUAAUAUCUUAGUUUUAAGAUAUAGAACAACGUUCCGAUCAACUAUGUUCAUAAAUCACAUGCUUCAUAGUUAGCAAUUUUUUUAAGACCUAUAUAUAGGGCAUCUUAAAUAGACUCUAUGGUUUUUUUAUAAUAAGGAAACCAGUGAAUAUUCCGAGGGAAGGGUCGUAUAUCUGUGAACAAUCACUCAUAAAAAUCGAUGUUACAUAUUGUCCAAAUAGUGACACUGAUACGCCAAUUUACAGCGCUAAACU